AUGAGUCCUUGUCUUCUUCUACUCCUACAAGUACUAUGUUGCGCGUUGUUGUUGCCGCAUGAUGUAACGGCGUUCACGGUGAUCAUGUCAGAUUCCGGCGUGCCGUCAACCCUAGUAGAUGGUCCACAAACGGGGUUUUCCAUGAACCAAGACGGUGCCCGAACGGAUAAGCGAGAGCAAGAGGCGGUCUACGACAUUAUGAGAGCCACCGGAAACGAUUGGGCCACCGAUAUCCUCGACGUGUGCCGCGGUCGCUGGCACGGCAUCGAGUGCAUGCCCGACAAGGACAAUGUUUUCCACGUGGUAUCCCUUUCGUUCGGAGCACUCUCCGAUGAUACCGCUUUUCCGACGUGCGACCCGACUCGCUCCGUUAUCUCACCCUCCAUCACACACCUCCCCCACCUCAAGACCUUGUUCUUUUACCGUUGUUUCAGUUACAACCCUCAGCCAAUCCCAUCAUUUUUGGGCCUUUUAGGCCCAACCUUGCAAACCUUGGUCCUCAGAGAAAACGGCCACGUUGGGCCCAUUCCUAUGGAAUUGGGCAACCUUACGCGUUUGAAGGUCCUUGACCUUCACAAAAACAACCUCAACGGCUCUAUACCCCUUUCAUUGGGCCGGAUGACCGGUUUAAGGUCUUUGGAUUUGAGUACCAACAAAUUAACCGGUUCCAUACCCGGCUUCACCUUUCCCUCUUUGAACGUGUUGGACCUCAGCCAGAAUCUUCUCAUGGGCUCAAUCCCUUCUACUCUUUGGGACUGCCAUUCUCUAAUCAAAUUGGAUUUCAGCCGCAACCGGCUGGUGGGCCCGUUGCCGGAUAAGCCCAUGGUCCUGAAAGACCUUGUGCUUUUGGAUUUGAGCUACAACCGUAUCCAGGGCCCAUUUCCGGUGUCAAUCAAAAGCCUGAGUUCGCUUCAGGCUUUGAUCCUAAAAGGAAACCCAAUGGGCUCCAGUACAAUACCCAGUGAUGGGUUCGAUGGUAUGAAGGCCCUAAUGAUUGUUAUCUUGUCGAAUAUGAAUUUGCAUGGGGCGGUGCCUGAAUCACUGGGGAAGUUGCAAAACCUCCGCGUGCUUCAUCUUGAUGGGAACCACUUGAAUGGGUCAAUUCCGAAGAGUUUUGCGGAUUUGAGAAACCUGAGUGAACUGAGGCUGAAUGAUAAUGAGCUUAGUGGGUUGGUGCCAUUUCAGAGAGAAAUGGUUUGGAGGAUGAAGAGGAAACUGAUGCUGAACCAUAAUUCAGGGCUUUGUUAUGAUGCACGCAGUGGUUUGGGAGAUACCAUGGACUCCACCUUCCAUUUAGGUAUCACUAUGUGUGACACAGAUUCUUCCACUCCAGGGUUGGUUCGGACAGUGCAACAUCUUUCUUCAGCCACCCAACACAACAUGUCACUCCCAACCACAACACAUAUCACGUCACAUGCUGUCAAACCACUUACAUCGUCACUCCCAUCUCUUGCUUUUCUACUCUUUCCUAUAGUUUUCUUGUAA